CAACCAGAGUACCUAUCACUCUGCUAUCGAAAACACCUUUCUAUAUAAUCCCCCAGAUUCAAACUUCAUCAAUCCUGACCCCUGACUGCAUGCUGGACCACUGCCGUCCUCCCUCUGAUCUCAUCUGCUAGCAGCCCUACUGUGGUCCCCCCGUGCCAAGUCUUGCGCGCUUUGCGUCAUACUGUCGCUCCCGCUCCGGGCUCCAAUCCGCCGGUCCAUUCUGCGUCUUCGAUCCAGUUCUAUCUUAUAUAGGUCUCGCGCUUUUUUUUUUUUACAACAUGUUUAACACGACACGAAGAAAAGUGCUGGACGGGCUGAACAAAAGAUACAUCUACGGUCGUCUGCCUCUGCUACACACUAUUAUAUUCCUGAUCGAGAUGGCUGUCACAGCGCGACUCGCUGCCAAAUUCAACUCCUACUAUGCGGAAAAGCCAGUGCUGACCACCAUGGUCACCAAUGCUGUCCUUAAUGGCAUCGCUGAUACCGUCGCUCAAACAAUCACUGCCCUGAGGUCACGUAUCGAGCGCAGGCCAGGAGAUGAUUUGGUUUCGAUCGAGCUUCAUGAGCUUGACAAGCAGCGGCCUCCCGCCCUGGGGGAGCUGGGUACAGGGAAAGGUCGACCGCCGGCGUUCGACUUUGAGCGACUCACACGCUUCAUGGCGUUCGGUUUCUUCAUGGCGCCACUUCAGUUCCAGUGGUUCAAGUUCUUGUCCAGAGCGUUUCCUCUCACGAAGGAGUCGGCAACGGCUCCGGCUUUGAAGAGAGUGGCUGCCGACCAGCUGAUGUUCGCGCCAUUUGGUCUCGUUGCUUUCUUCACUUUCAUGACCUUCGCUGAAGGAGGUGGAAGGCGGGAUUUGGUUCGCAAGUUCCGGGACGUGUACAUCCCAACCCUUAAGGCCAACUUUGUUCUAUGGCCAGCUGUCCAGAUCCUGAACUUUAGAGUCGUCCCCAUCCAGUUUCAGAUCCCCUUUGUUUCAAGCGUCGGUAUCGCCUGGACGGCGUACCUGUCUCUAACCAACUCAUCGGAGGAGAAGCACUAAAAGAAUC